AUGUCGGGAUCAUCUUCAGACUCGGGAGAGGGCAAAUCCCCCUAUGCUUCUCCUAUAUGCAUCAUCUUCUUUGGGGACAGCAAGAUAGGAUAUCUGGUCCAUACCCGCUUCAUUGAGAAGUAUGAGUCAUUGAUGGAGUUAUUUCGUGAGAGCCAAGGGGGUAUCUGGCUCAACGAUGUACACGAAUCUGUUGCAUAUUCGUUCAUUGAAUACUUGUAUUCCGAAGAGCUUUGCUAUGAGGCCUCAGACAAGCAUGCUGAAGACCUUGAAGUCACCCUUCGCCUCAUAUAUGCUGCAGGGGCUUACGACUUAUACGGCCUGUAUUCUGAUGCGCAUGGAGAGAUGAGAGUUAUGGCGCGUCUGGCAAAAAGUUCCGAAGUACUCUUCAUCGCAAAGAAAAUGCAUGCAUCUUUCAAGGGACAGAAAUGGUUUUUUGAGUUGAUAAAGUCCACAUUAGAGUUUGACUUUAGAUACCCAGACAGUGACCUCCCGGCAAUCAUGGAGCAGGUCAUCGACGAUAGAGAAGAAGAUGGAGAUUUUGCCAAGUUGUUAAUUAAAGCUCUGACGGAAAUCCUGAUUGAAAAAUCCGGAACUAACAGCCCGUGA